GUACCUGAAUACUAUUAUUUCUUACUGUAGCCCCAUUGUAGUUUUUUUCAAUGUCACAAGAGACAGUUUGAGGUAUUUGCCCAAGCAUCUGACAGUUGAUCUAAGCUGUCAGCAUUGUAAGUCAGAAAGGUAUAAGUAUUUCUUGCUUCCUGAGGCACUCUCUUAUUCCUUCCUUUGUUGCCACCAAAUCAAGUCAAACACGUCUAGUUAUAUACGAGGCUAGUUACCAAAACUAUCCUAUCGUAUUUUACCAAUCCAAAAACUUCCAUUGGUUGCAGUAAUAGUCCCAUCCCAGAUCUAUUCACCAAUGCUAUCAACUAAGGUCCAGACCAACCUUUGCAAUCCAAAGCAAGCCACUCGGCUAUCUAGAGCUGUGGCACCUUUACUUCACACUUCUACCCUUGGGUAUUCAACAGGAAUCCGUGUUGGGCUCAUCGCGUCGGUCCAGCAUAAUGGAGGCUCACGAGCCUUUUCCACGACGCCCGUAACAAACUUUAAGGAUUUCUUCCCAGCAAAGGAGACAGAAAAUAUCCGGCGCACGCCAGCAGCAUGGCCUCAUCAUGGCUACACUGAAGAGGAGAUGCUCAGCGUCGUUCCCGCUCACCGCCCAGCCAAGACCUGGGGGGAUUGGGUCGCCUGGAAGGUUAUGCGUACGUGUAGAUGGGGAAUGGACUUCUUCACGGGGAUGAAGAAGAGCCAAAAAGUGGACAAGGCGAAUCCGACUACUGCCGUCGAUACGAUCCAACCCCUAACAGAAAGCCAAUGGCUGCUGCGAUUCCUAUUUCUCGAGUCCAUUGCCGGUGUCCCUGGAAUGGUUGCGGGAAUGCUAAGGCAUCUCCAUAGCAUCCGACGACUGAAGCGAGACAACGGCUGGAUUGAAACUCUCCUCGAAGAAAGCUAUAACGAGCGAAUGCAUCUCUUAACUUUCAUCAAGAUGUGCGAACCAGGCUGGUUCAUGAAGUUCCUGCUCCUUGGUGCUCAGGGGGUUUACUUUAACGGUCUUUUCUUGACUUACUUGAUAUCACCAAAGAUCACACAUCGAUUCGUGGGCUACUUAGAGGAAGAAGCCGUACACACGUAUACGCUAGCCAUCAAGCAAAUCGAAGACGGCCACCUUCCAAAAUGGUCCGACCCGAAUUUCGUCGUUCCUGAAAUCGCCGUGAAGUACUGGAACAUGCCAGAGGGGAAGCGAACAAUGAAAGAUCUCAUCUUAUAUAUCCGAGCAGACGAGGCAGGUCACCGAGGCGUGAACCACACCUUGGCAAACUUAAACCAGAACGAUGAUCCCAACCCCUUCGUCAGCGAGUACAAGGGCAGCCGGAACCCACCCCGACCUACCUUGAAGGCGGAAGGAUUUGAACGGGAAGAGGUCCUCUAAAUCCGUCGAAAGGUGCCUAUGGGGUACCUAUCUUAACAACUUAUUGCAUUCAAUAUCAUUGGCUCAGGUAGAGAAAAAGGGUACACUCGGUUACGGUUAUAUCAUUUGGCCUGCUAACAUGUAGCAUCACAUUGGGAUGGCGUUAGGUUUUGCUUUUGGGCUGGUUGGGAACCAGUCC